CAGUCGGUACAGCCACCUGGUGGCACAUAGUCGGGUUGUGAUGGCGCGUGCGCAACUCUUCAUUUUGGCGCAAGCCACCUUUGCCGUAUUUACAUUAUCAGAAGAUGUCUCCACACCGAAACCAAAGAAGGUAUUAGACACAGUAAUGAGUCCGGCAUAUAUUCCCCCUGAGGAGAAACACGGCUCAUACUGGAAGAAAUCGGCAGCCACAACCCUGAAGUCCAAGCUCAAGGAGACGAUAAACACGGACAAAGCCAAAAACGGCAUCUUGUUUAUAGGCGACGGGAUGUCUUUAGCGACUGUGAUGGCAGCCAGGACCUUCGCUGGUCAGAUGGAGCGAGGUCUGGGAGAGGAGAAUGUCUUGGAGUUUGAAACGUUUCCCGUUACAGGAUUAGCGAGGACGUACUGCAUCGACGCUCAAGUUCCUGAUUCGGCGUGUACUGCGACGUCUUACUUGACUGGCGUGAAGACGAAAUACGGCGUGAUCGGGCUUGAUGGCAAUGUCACCAGGGGAUCUUGUUACUCGCAGCUGCACAAAGGGAACUGGGCCUCAUCUAUUGGUCAAUGGGCUUUGGAAAACGGGUUGGAUGUUGGUUUUGUAACAACAACGCGGGUGACCCACGCGUCCCCAGCGGGUAUGUACGCGCACACCUCGGAGAGGAACUGGGAGAGCGACGCCGACGUGCCAGAAGAGUGCCUCUCAUUGGGCUGCCAGGAUGUCGCGUAUCAGCUGAUCAUGAACAACCCUGGGCGACAGUAUAAGGUUAUAAUGGGAGGCGGCAGAAAAAUGUUCUUCCCGAACACUUCAACUCCUUUAGCGAAAAGCACGGGUAUGAGGCUGGACGGUGUGGACUUAGUUGAGAAGUGGCACGAGGACAAAAUGAGAAAGAACGCCACCCACCAGUACGUCACCAACAGGGACGAGUUAAUGAAGAUUUUUAGCUCCGACGACCUACCAGAGUACUUACUCGGCCUGUUCCACGACGAUCACAUGGAGUACCACUUAAAGGCCAACAAUCAGCCAACUCUAGAGGAAAUGGUCGAGGUUGCUAUCAAGAUGCUCAAUAGAAGCGCGAAGGGGUAUUUCCUCUUUGUUGAAGGUGGCAGAAUUGACCACGCUCACCACGAUAGCUACGCGCGCUUGGCUUUAGAUGAAACAGUUGAAUAUGCUAAAGCAGUCAAGAAAGCCAGAAGCCUAACUAACGAAGAAGACACAUUGAUAGUUGUUAGUGCCGACCACGCUCAUACAAUGACGGUGGCUGGUUAUCCUUCCAGAGGCAAUGAUAUAUUGGGAUCUGUUGACACCGCUAAAGGAGACGAUGGGAAAUCGUACACUGCGAUUAGUUACGCAAACGGAAAAGCGACAUCUAUCGGAAGUAAUGGAAGAAUUGAUGUCACGUUGAAGGAUGAAUUUAAAAAUGGAGCAUUAAACUUUUCCUACCCAAGCUUGGUGCCUUUAGACUCCGAGACUCAUGGUGGUGAGGAUGUGGCCGUUUUCGCCCUUGGACCCUGGCAACACCUUUUUACAUCAAGUUAUGAGCAAACUGUAGUUCCACAUUUAAUGGCAUAUGCAAUGUGUUUGACAGAAGACAAACACAAAAACUGUGAAACUAAAACACACCAUAGACGUUUUUGGACAUCGAACGGUGUAAAUAAUAAACCGAAUGUAUUUAUUUAUGUUAUAAGUGUAUGCGCUGUGAUAAUUAGUUGUUUGAGAUUAUAAUUUUAGUUUAGGUAAUUUAAACAUACGGCAAUACAGACUUAAGAAAGAAACAUCGAAUAUAAGUAACAGAUGGUUUCGCAAUUAGGUAAUUAUAAAUAAAAUAGUUCCUAAAAAGGUUUAAUGCGGUACGCCCUAUGGCUUCGCAUGAUUUGCAUUCAUUACAAAAUCAAUAAUUUAGCUUAUAAAAUAUAUAUAAAAAUUACGUGUCACAUUGUUUGCCCGCGAUGGACUCCUAAACUGCUGAACCGAUUACAAUGAAAUUUGGCACACUGUGUGCAGUUCGGUCCAACUUGAGAGAUAGGAUAGUUUUUAUCCUGAUAAGUGACACUCAAUAUUUUUUUUUAUUACGAAUUUAAACAUUUUUUUAUAUGAAGGGUCGUCGGAAAGGGCAGAACAACGUCUGCCUCUGGCGAGCUAGUAAAAUAUAUGGUAAGAAAUAAAAAUUAAAUGAGAUGAUGUCAUAAACGCAGGUAUUUCCCCUGUGACGAUGGAUACUGAAAUGUAGUUUUUUCUAUGUAGGAAUAAUUUUACCAGAAACUACCUACAGCCACGUUGAAUUUAACAUAUUAUUUAACAUUUACCAACUGUACACUCCUCUUAAAUCAUAGUGAUCAUUUGUUAAUCUAUAGUGAUCGUACUGUCUCUUAAGUGUAAAAAUUAAUUACUUUUAUAAAUAUUAACUAAAAUUAUUUAACAGGAAUAAUUACGAAAUUCUGCUUAGAAAUUAAGAAAAUUGUGUAGAUUUUAUGAAUAUAUUGUAACAUUCCUUUGUAAAUAUUAUAUUAUAUUAGAUUAAGUACCUAGCAAUUCUGUCUAUUGAUAUGUAUAUAGAAGUCUGUUUUGGAGCAUCCAAUAAAAUGCUAUGUCAAAUAGGCUUUACUUUGCCUAAACACCGUGUUAGUUCAGGGAUUGGAUAAAAAUUUACUUUUAUUUGUAUUUUAUAUCUAAGUGAGCAACACGAGUUAGGUGUCCACCGACAGACAAAUUUAACGUUAAUAGCAAUGCAGUUCUGAAUUAAUAGUGGCCUAAUAAUGGGGUGCGAACCGCGAACUCAAAACGUCAUAGAAUUAAAUCGGCCAUUCGACUACUGUCGGGAACCAUUGCUAACACAAUCAUUUUUAGCUCACCUAGAGUAGUUAAAGGGAAUAUUAAUAUAAUAUGGCGGCCUCGUACCGGUAGGCGAAGUGUAGGGCGUCCCCCCACGAGAUGGAGUGACGACCUGGUAAGACAUGCAGGAAGUCGAUGGAUGCAGGUGGCUCAGGACCGUGCUUUGUGGCAUUCUUUGGGGGAGGCCUAUGUUCAGCAGUGGACUUGUGAAGGGCUGUAAUGAUGAUGAUGAUGAUAGACCGGCAACGCAUCUACAAUUUCCCUGGUGUUGCAGUUGUUUAUGGGCGGCGGUACCUAGGUGAGCUGCAUGCGCGUUUGCCAACUCUGCUAUAAAAAAAGUUGGUAAUAUUUUUAAAACAAAAAAAUUGGCACAUUAGUUAAUCUACUAAUAUUAUUAUGUAAGUACCGAUUUAUUACUUGCUCGGCGACGAAGAAAGGCAUAGUGAAAAAACUUUAAUAUCUGAGAAUAAUUUCGAUGAUAUCAUGAUGUGGGGUGUUUCACCCCCGUGCCUCGGAAAGCACGAAAAGGCGUUCCUGCGCCUGAUCUCUUUCCGGUCGUGUCGGUUUACCGUUCCAUCGGACUAUGAGAGUGAGGGAAUAGAGAGUGCACCUGUGCUUGCGCAUACACUUGGGCACUAUAAUCCUGUCCUGCGCCGAUGGCUAGUCUCCUAGUAGUUGAGGCUAGCCGCCGCGACCGAAAUUCGAUCUGGAGUAAAUUAUAUUCUGUUAAAAAACUUUUAUUACGAGUUCGUGUAAAGUGAUUUAGAUAAUUUAAAAUUAAAUAUUUUGUACAACCGACUUCAAUAUAUAUUAUUAAGGAUAACUCAAAAACUAUUGAUCGGACCUUGAUCAAAUUUAUAUGGGACCACAUGAGAAGCACCGGCUUUCUAAUAAAAAAAGAAUCGUGGAAAUCGGUUCACGUAGAACAAAGUUAUGAGGUAACACACAUAAAUAAUCAUACAUUCGAAUUGAGUGCCUUCUCCUUUUUGAAGUCUGUAG